AUGUCAAACCCACGGAUCGAGGAGGUGGAGGACGAUGAUAUCGUGGACGACCCGGAGGAGAUGGAUCUGGACGAAUUUGACUUUGCAAAGCCACAGAAAGGCUCGCUGCAGACAACAGCAGAUGCCGAAGACGACGACGAAGACGAAGACGAUGUGGUACAGCAAAUGCUGUCAGGGCAGAUGCAGCGAGGAGGAACUGGUACCACACAAGUACCACAGAUGCCACGCAUGGACAACAAGGAGCGCGAACGAUAUCAGCGUGAACAGAUGGAGAAGAGUAAAAAUUACCAGAGCCUCUACCCAGUCUACUUUGACAGCACACGGAGUCGGGAGGAGGGACGAAGGGUGCGUAAAGAGGAUGCAAUCCCAAAUCCAUUGGCGCGAGAGAUUGUCGAUGCGUUGUCACACAUCGGCGCCACUGUCGGGGUUGCUCUUCAAAUCGUUUUCGAGCCCACAAAGACACAUCCCAAAGACUGGGCCAAUCCUGGUCGAGUUAAGGUCCUAAUCAAGCGGGACGGUAAGCCGAUCAGCGCAAAGAUUCAAAACAAGCACCAUCUCUACAAGAUGAUCUCGGCAUACAUGAAGAAGCAUCCCACAACAGAAGAUGCCCCGCAACGGUUACAAUUAGCAGGAAUGCCCCCGCAAAAAGAGCGAAUUCCACCAGCAAUUCCACGUGGGUUCAAGAUUGGCACCAUCCUCCCACUUCAUUCGCCUGCGCUUUCUGGAGGUGGGGUAUCUGAUAACAUGUUCAAGGACAUGAUGGCCGAGAUGGGCGGUCAGCUGCCGGCUGGGAUGGCUGGAAUGGGCGGAGACGCAGGCGGGCAGCCACCGAAGAAAGUCAAAGACAAAAAGAAGAAAUGA